CCCAGUUGUUUAUUUACCACAGUGUGGACAGGACAUUUCAACAGACAGGGCGGUCCAACUAGUAUGCGAAAAACUCUGAUGGCGUUCCUUUGACAUAUCCGGAGUAGGUAACUGGUUACAUCAGGACAUACCAUGUUCAACACGCCUCCUGCGUUGACUGUAAGUUAGAAGCCUUGAUGAUACUGACUUUUGGUCACGCUAGACUAGCUGUGCUAGCUUGGCUAGCUAUGCUAUCUAACCAGUCCUCUAGAGUAGACACCGGUGUUCAACUCUCUCCGCUUUGAAGAACUGUGUCAACACAGCGGAAUGAUUCUCACUGGCCCGUGAAAGGAGACGUUUGUAGUAAACCAUUGUUAAUGGUUUGAUUUCACGGUGAUCCAAUAGAUAUCUUUCGACGUUUGGGAUCCUUCCGGAUAGUCAAGAUGCUGAACGUCCCGACCCAGUCGUUCCCGGCGGCGGGCUCCCAGCAGCGGGUGGCCCCGGCAGGACAGUCCGGGAGGAACAAGGUGGCCUUGAAGCCGGGACACAGUCUGAUGGACUGGAUCCGUUUUGCCAAGAGUGGGCGAGACCACACGGGGCUGAGAGGCCGCUUGAUUGAGGUCACUGAGGAGGAACUGAAGAAACACGGCAGAAGAGACGACUGCUGGACGUGCAUACGAGGCAUGGUGUACAAUGUGACGCCCUACAUGGACUACCAUCCAGGGGGGGAAGAGGAGCUGAUGAAGGCGGCAGGGAAAGACGGCACUGAACUGUUUGAUCAGGUCCAUCGGUGGGUUAACUAUGAAUCUAUGCUGAAAGAGUGCCUAGUGGGCAGGAUGGCCGUCAAACCGCUGGCUGUCAAAGCUCUGUCUCAGAAGAAGGUCAUCAGCUCCAACCUGAACGGUCUCACUCCUCCUCUUCCUCCACCACCACUGAUGGCCUCCCCCACCUCUCCAUCUUCUAUGAUGCUGCGCCCGACCGGAUUUGCCCCUCCUUCAGAGAAGGAUUCUCGACCACGGUUCGACUGGUUCCAAACAGACUCCACUGUUAAUAUUGUUGUUUAUACCAAGAGAAAGAUCCCCCGCUCAGGCUGUGCCACCAUCGACCUGCAGGGCGGCGUCUUGCGACUGGAGGCCCUGCUGGGAAACAUGUCCUACAUGCUUCAUCUACGCCUAACUGAAGAGGUAGAGGGGAGUGUUGAAGUCCAGACAGCAGGGUCUGUCGGGAAAAUCCAGCUGAGCAUACCCAAGCAGGCCAAGGGGAAAUGGGCCAGUGUGGGUCAGCCUCUAGAGUUUCAUAACAGCUUCCUGCGUCAGAAAGACAGAGCACUCCACUAUAGGGAUUGCGUGUUGGUGUCAAAGACGGAGGUCAACCACAACACCUCGGUGUUCCGGCUGCAGCUGGGCUGUGGGUCGGUCAUGCACGUGCCUGUUGGGAAGCAUGUCUACCUCAAAACCCAGGUCCAAGAUGCUGAGGUGGUGAAGCCAUACACGCCAGUGGAGCAGUCCCUGAUCCCGGUGGUCCCGGUGGUCCCGGUGGACCCGGUGGACCCAGCCUCCCAAGACCAGACCCACGGCUCAGACCUCUUCCUCAUGAUCAAGGUCUACCCUGACGGACUCUUCACCCCGCAACUCGACACCCUGCACAUCGGUGACCAUCUGAUGGUCAGCGGUCCGGAGGGUCCCUUCAGUCUCCGCCCCCUCCGUGAUGUCACCCACCUCUACCUAUUAGCCGCUGGCACCGGGUUCACGCCCAUGGCCCGGCUCAUCCAACUGUCCCUGCAGGACCUGGGAAGCAUCAAGAGCACCAAGCUGCUCCUCUUCAACCGCCAGGAGAAGGACAUCACGUGGCGCAGUCAGAUGGAUGAACUAGCAGCUACAGAUCAGAGGUUCCAGGCGGAGUACGUGCUGUCUGAGCCGGGCGACGGCUGGCCGGGCCAGAAGGGGCGGGUGGAGCAGUCCAUGCUGCGGGACUUUCUGAGCCGACCAGAGGGCUCCAGGGUAUACGUGUGCGUGUGUGGACCCAGCGCCUUCACAGAGCUCACAGAGGAGUUGGUGAGGCAGCAGGGCUUCAGCCAAGAGGAGGUCCACACCUUCCAGGGCUGAUCCACCGCCACGACUCCACCUCACGUUGUGCAGACACACACUUUAACCGGUUCUUGUACAUAACACAGAGGAUCAACUUUUAACCAGAUGAAUGGAAGGACACAACGGUUUUCUAUGCACUCAACUUAACGGAGAGCGGGUGGAAAUAUGCAAGGAAUAGGUAUCGGGGGGGGGCGCGCGGGCAGCGGGCAGGCGGGCGUCUGCCAGGCGGGUGUCUGCCAGGCAGGGUCCCCUGGCAGCAGGACUUCCCGGGCCAUUCACCUCCUCACGAUUUAAUCAAACUGGAGACACUGGGCUUUCAAGUUUCCAGCCCUGGGAGGUGUUCCGAAUCUUAAAUGAACAACAUAGUUCAAGACUGUCCUCCCUGGUGUUAUGCCUGGUGGCACAUGCAUACAGAUCCUCCAACGCGAUGGACGGCCGACCGCCCAUUGGGCCAUUAGAUUCUCAGGGUACCAGGGUUACGCGGCAGCUCCCUGAUCAUCCUCCUCCUCCUCCUCCUCCUCCUCCUCCUCCUCCUCCUUCAACUAUACUGGGUGCUGGUUGAUGGGAUAGGUACUGUAGCUCAACAUCGCAUCGAUUCUCUCCACAUUCACGUUUCAUGCACAUAUCCACUAAGUUACUAUGCUGGUACAUGUUUAUUUGCUGUUGCAGCUACUGCAAAUAGAAGUUGGGUUAUUGAGGUUUCCCUUUGAGAUGUAAUCACGUGUAAUUAGCAGAGGAAGGGCAGAAUAAUCCAGAGAACAAACACACUGGCUAAUGAAAGAGAAAUGCCUGUCUGUCUUUUUUUGAUUCUCUCGGAACAGAAAGUCGUUGACAGGAUUUUAUGAAUUAAGAAUGAACUGUAUUUCAGUUGUGCGUAUUAUUUCCCUAUUGUUGGCGGCUUUGAGUAAGGAUUUUAAGAAUAGUUCAUGGUCAUUACCACGACUCUUAUUGCCAUGAGUGUCAAAGGCAAAACAUGCAAGCACAUAUGUACCACAUAUGCUUUUGUUCCAUCCUCCUUUAACAUAUUGUUACGUACUUUGCCAAAUGACAUAACAGGUUUUAAAAUGAGCAAUGUAUAGUUUCUCUGAACUGUUCAAUUCACGUAAAAUGAUUGAGCCUUAUUCCUUUGAACGUUUUUCUUUUUGUCCUAAGGAUUGACUAUUUUUUAAACCAGACCAGAACAAUUUUAUUCUUCACCAAACCAAAGUCAAAACCCAUUACUGCCUCUGCAAUGAGCGUUUCCAAAGCCACUGUCUUUUUCAGCUAAGCAUUGGAACAGUUCUGUUGCUAUGGGGAUUGCCUUUGACAUGCAGUGCUGUGGUCGUUUACUGUUGUUAUUUUCUAUAUAUUGUGGCCAUUCACUUCUAUGGCACAAGAUAGAAAUGUUCCAUAUUUAUCCUGAAUGAGUUGCAAUACAGUUUUUAGGAUGUGUGAAAGUGCGUGGUAUAUGACAUGUAUAAGCAUUUUAUUUAAUACUGUAUUUUCUGUAGGAAAGACGGGGGUAAUAUGUUGUCCCCUUAUUGCCUAUCUCUUCCACGUGAAAACCAUUGUACAUUUGAGCAAUCCCACAGCAGAAUAACAAUAACAACACCGGAGUUGCGUCUAAAAACCA